GUACAAGAGCCGCCUGCGCGCGCUGGGCUUCGAGCCGCCCGCCCCGCCCGGCUGCGGACCGCGGAGCCAGAUCCCGACCCAUGGGCGCGCGGAGGCUGAGCCAGGCUUUGUGACUGAUUCUGAAAACAGAGGCUGCGCAGGGAGUGAGGACGAGGGGCGGGCUUCCAGCCACAUCUGCUCAGGAUCUGGACCUGCCGAGAUGGAGAAGGAGGAGGAGACCACGCGGGAGCUGCUACUGCCCAGUUGGCAGGGCAGUGGCUCUCAUGGGCUGACCAUUGCGCAGAGGGAUGGUGGCGUGUUUGUGCAGGAGGUGCAGCAGGACUCCCCUGCCGCCCGCACUGGUGUGGUCCAGGAGGGGGACCAGAUUGUGGGUGCCACCAUCUACUUUGACAACCUGCAGUCUGGGGAGGUGGCGCAGCUGCUGAGCACUGUGGGCCGCCACACUGUUGGCCUGAAGCUGCACCGCCCGGGCGACCGCUCCCCCGAGCCUGGCCAGGCCUGGUCGCACGAGUCUGUGGGCUUCCGCAGCCCUGAGGUGGUUCUGAGUGGGGAUGAUGAGGAGUACCAGCGCAUCUACGCCACCAAGAUCAAACCGCGGCUGCGGGCAGAAGAGGAGGUGGCCCUGGACCCUGGGGAGACCCAGAGCCGCACUAUCACUGUUACCAGGAGGGUCACUGCCUACACUGUGGACGUCAUUGCUCCGGAAGGAGCCAAGGAUAUUGACAUCAGCAGCCCUGAGUUCAUGGUCAAGAUUCCGAGACAUGAGGUGACUGAAAUCUCCACGGUGGAUGUGGAGACCAGGCCUGGAAAGAUGGUGGUCAAUCUGCCCUCAGGGUUAGAGCUCCAGGGUUCUGGCACCUCAAAAGUCCAGGUCUCCAUGCCAGAAGUCCAGGAAGGGAGCCCGGGUAUCAGUGUUAGUGUGAAGGGCUUGGACUCAGGUGACAAGGCAGCUGUCUGUGUUCCUUCAGGGAAUGUCCCCUGUUCUGUGGGAGCUGGGGCAGCAGAGGCAAAUGAUGGCAAAGUUAAAAUUCCUAACUUGAAGGUGCCUAAGUUUGGGGUUUUGCCAGGGCCUGAGGGCCAGAUAUCAGGGGGUAGUGGGUCCAGUGUGGCCAUCCAGAGUCCACACAUGGAUAUCAGUGUCUCAGGGAUGGAAGGGAAGCUGCAGGAUUUCCAAGUCCCUGCACUGUCCCUUGAGGGCAAGCUAGGCCUAAAGGGGACCAAGCCACAGGGUAGUACUGGAGUGGACAUCUCUGCCCCCCAAAUUGAGGGUGGGGUCACAGGUCCCCCCAUGGAUGUGCCAGCCCCUAGUGUUGGUAUGCAUGUGCCCAUGGUGAAGGGACCUUCAUUCUCCACGCCCACUCUAAAGGCAGAGGGACCUGACCUUGAUGUGACAUUGUCCACAGGGGAAGUGACUCUUUCAGGGGUCUCUGGGGGUGUCAGUCUGCCUGAGGUUGCUCCUGGUGGGCUGGAAGUAAAGAUGAAGGGUGCCAAGGAAAAGACUCCUGAAAUGAUUGUGCAGAAACCCAGAAUCUCCAUGCAGGAUGUGGAUCUGAGCCUCAGGUCCCCCAGACUGAAAGGAGACAUUAAAGUUUCUGCUCCUGAGGUAAAAGGUGAAGGAAAGGGCUCCCAAGUGGCCCUGAAAGGCUCCAGAGUGGACAUAGAGGCACCGAGCAUGGAGGGGGCCUUGUCAGGCCCCAAGCUUGGUGGUCCUGUGGGGAAGACAUGUAGGAUCUCCAUGGCCGAUGUGGACUUGAAUGUCGCUGUGCCCAGAGCAAAAGGUGGUAAGGAUGUCACAUUCCCAAAAGUAGAUGUGAAGGUCGGGGUGCCUGAAGCUGACACCAGAGGUCCUCGAGUGGAUGUCAGUGGCUCAGAUGUGGAGCUUCGUGACCCAGAAUGGAACCUGAAGAUGCCUUCAGCCAGCAUUCUAGGAAUCAAGGGGGAAGCGCCAUGUGUGGACAUAGCUGUCCCUAAAGGGAAUGUCAGUGUUCCAGGGCCGAAGGUCAGUGUGGAAGUGCCAGGUCUCCACGUGGAGGAUCUCGGAGGCAAACUUAGGGGUCCCAAUAGCAAGCUGCCUGAAGUGAGCUUGAAGACACCUCAGGUCUCUGUGCCUGGUGUAGAUGUGUAUGCUAAAGGAACAAAGGUGAAAGGUGAAUGUGGUACAGUGGUACCAAAGCUUGAAGCAGAGGUGCAAGGCCCCGAUGUGGAUGUUCACAGCUCAGACUGGCAUCUAAAGAUGUCCAAGGUGAAGAUGCCCAAGUUCAGCGUGCCUGGCUUCAAAGCAGAGGACCCUGAGGUGGAUGUACACCUGCCUAAGGCCGAUGUAGACAUUUUUGGGCCCAAGGUAGAGGUUGGUGCUCCAGAUACGAGCCUUGAGGGGCGAGAUGUGAAAUUCAAAGGACCAAAGUUUAAAAUGCCAGAAAUGAACAUCAGAGCUCCCAAAAUCUCCAUGCCAGAUGUGGACUUACACUUGAAAGGUCCUCAUUCAAGGGGAGAAUAUGAUGUCACAGCACCAGGUGUUGAGGGUGACAUUAAAGUACCUGAUGUUGAACUUAAAAUGGCCAAAGUAGACAUUGAUGUCCAAGAUGUAGAAGCUCAGGGCCCAGACUGGCACUUAAAGAUGCCCAAGAUGAAAAUGCCCAAGUUCAGCAUGCCUAAUGUCAAAGCACAGAGUCCAGAAGUCAGUGUGAACCUGCCCAAGGCCAGCAUAGAGAUCUCAGGCCCCAAAGUGGAGGUUGGAGCCCCAGAAGUAAAUGUUGAAGUCCCUGAAGGGAAGCUGAAGGGGCCUAAGCUUAAGAUGCCAGAGAUGAACGUCAAAGCCCCCAAGAUCUCCAUGCCUAAUGUGGAUUUGCAUAUGAAAGGUGCAAAGGCAAAGGGGGAAUAUGAUGUUACAGUGCCAAAGCUGGAGGGCAACCUGACAGGCUCCAAGGUAGAUGUUAGUGCUCCAAAUGUAGAUCUUCAUGGCCCGGAUUGGAGCUUGAAAAUGCCCAAGAUGAAAAUGCCCAAGUUCAGCAUGCCCAGUAUGAAAGGAGAUGUUGCAGAAGUUGAUGUGAAUCUGCCCAAAGCUGAUUUAGACAUUUCUGCACCAAAGGUAGAUCUUAGUGCCCCAGAUAUUAGCCUCGAAGGGCCAGAAGGGAAGUUGAAAGGCCCAAAGUUUAAGAUGCCAGAGAUGCACUUCAAAGCUCCAAAGAUGACCCUACCUGAUGUUGCAAUGGAUGUUAAAGGACCUAAAAUAAAAGGGAAUCUAGAUAUAUCUUCAUCAGAUAUAGAGAGUGAGAUGAAAGUUCCAGAUGUGAACCUAAAGGGGCCCAAGGUAGAUACUGAUGCUCCAGAUGUGGAUGUGAAAGGCCCAGACUGGCACCUGAAGAUGCCAAAGGUGAAAAUGCCCAAGUUCAGCAUGCCUGGCUUCAAAGCAGAGGGCCCUGAGGUGGAUGUGAACCUGCCUAAGGCUGACAUUGACGUCUCAGUGCCCAAGGUGGACAUUGAUGUUCCUGAUGUGAGUAUUGAAGGUCCAGAUGCAAAACUGAAGGGCCCCAAGUUCAAGAUGCCUGAGAUGAACAUCAAGGCCCCCAAGAUCUCCAUGCCUGAUAUGAACUUACAUCUGAAAGGGCCUAAAGUGAAGGGCGACAUGGACGUGACUAUGCCCAAAAUAGAAGGUGAAGUGAAAGUUCCAGAUGUGGACCUCAAAGGUCCCAAGGUGGACAUUGACAUUCCAGAUGUGGAUGUGAAAGGCCCAGACUGGCACCUGAAGAUGCCCAAGAUGAAAAUGCCCAAGUUGAGCAUGCCUGGCUUCAAAGCAGAGGGCCCUGAGCUGGAUGUGAACUUACCCAAGGCCGACAUUGACAUCUCAGCACCCAAGGUGGACAUUGAAGGCCCUGAUGUUAGUAUUGAAGGACCAGAUGGAAAGCUAAAAGGUCCGAAGUUCAAGAUGCCUGAGAUGAACAUCAAGACCCCCAAGAUCUCCAUGCCCCAUAUGGAUUUACACCUGAAAGGGCCCAAAGUCAAGGGGGACGUGGACUUGACUGUGCCAAAGGUAGAAGGUGACCUCAGUGGCCCUGAAAUUGAUAUCAAAGGCACCAAAGUGGAUGUGAAUGUUCCAGAUGUAGAUGUGAAAGGCCCAGACUGGCACCUGAAGAUGCCAAAGGUGAAGAUGCCCAAGUUCAGCAUGCCCGGCUUUAAAGCAGAGGGCCCUGAGGUGGAUGUGAACCUGCCUAAGGCUGACAUUGACAUCUCAGUGCCCAAGGUGGGCAUUGAUGUUCCAGACGUGAAUAUCGAAGGUCCAGAUGCAAAAUUAAAGGGCCCCAAAUUUAGGAUGCCGGACGUGAAUAUCAAAGCUCAGAAGAUCUCUAUGCCAGAUGUUAGUUUGCAUUUGAAAGGUCCAAAAGCAAAAGGAGAUUAUGAUGUUACUGUUCCAAAAGGAGGAGAGAUAAAAACUCCUUCUGCUGACAUCAAAGGGCCAAAGGUGGACGUUGAUGUUCCACAUGUGGAUGUGAAAGGCGCCGACUGGCACUUAAAGAUGCCGAAGGUGAAAAUGCCCAAGUUCAGCAUGCCUGGCUUCAAAGCAGAGGGCCCUGAGGUGGAUGUGAAACUGGCCAAGGCCGACAUUGAUGUCACAGUACCCAAGGUGGACAUUGAAGGCCCUGAUGCGAAUAUUGAAGGUCCAGAGGGAAAACUAAAGGGGCCAAAAUUCAAGAUGCCAGACAUGCACUUCAAAGCACCCAAGAUCUCCAUGCCUGAUGUGGAUUUACAUCUGAAGGGUCCCAAAGUCAAGGGCGACAUGGACGUGACUAUGCCACAAAUAGAAGGUGAAGUGAAAGUUCCAGGUGUGGACCUCAAAGGGCCCAAGGUGGACAUUGACGUUCCAGAUGUGGAUGUGAAAGGCCCAGACUGGCACAUGAAAAUGCCGAAGGUGAAAAUGCCCAAGUUCAGCAUGCCCGGCUUCAAAGCAGAGGGCCCUGAGGUGGAUGUGAACUUACCCAAGGCCGACAUUGACAUCUCAGCACCCAAGGUGGACAUUGAUGUUCCUGAUGUGAAUAUUGAAGGUUCAGAUGCAAAAGUGAAGGGCCCCAAGUUCAAGAUGCCUGAGAUGAACAUCAAAGCGCCCAAGAUCUCCAUGCCUGACAUUGAUCUUAACCUGAAAGGGCUAAAAAUGAAGGGUGAUGUGGAUGUCUCUCUGCCCAAAAUGGAAGGUGACCUCAAGGGCCCUGAGGUUGACAUCAAGGGCCCCAAAGUAGAUGUAAAUGUUCCAGAUGUGGAUGUGAAAGGCCCAGACUGGCACUUGAAGAUGCCAAAGGUGAAAAUGCCCAAGUUCAGCAUGCCUGGCUUCAAAGCAGAGGGCCCUGAGGUGGAUGUCAGUCCACCCAAGGUUGACAUUGAUGUCUCAACACCCAAAGUAGACAUUGAUAUUCCUGAUAUGGAUGUGGAAGGACCAGAAGGAAAAUUGAAAGGCUCCAAAUUUAAGAUGCCGAAGUUAAAUAUCAAAGCUCCUAAGAUGUCAAUGCCAAAUGUAGACUUAAAUUUAAAGGCCCCACAUCUGAAAGGAGAGAUAGAUGCUUCUGUCUCUGAAUUGGAAGGUGACCUCAAGGGUCCAGAAGUUGAUUUCAAAGGCCCCAGUGUGGAUGUGGGGGUGCCUGAUGUUGAUCUGCAGUGUCCUGAUCCAAAGUUGAAAGGGCCUAAGUUCAAGAUGCCAGAUAUGCAUUUCAGGGCCCCCAAGAUCUCCAUGCCUGAUGUGGACUUACACUUGAAAGGCUCCAAAGUCAAGGGGGACGUGGAUGUGACUGUGCCAAAAUUGGAAGGAGAUUUGAAAGGGCCCAGUGUGGAUGUGGAGGUGCCUGAUGUUGAUCUGCAGUGUCCUGAUGUGAAAUUGAAAGGUUCCAAGUUCAAGAUGCCAGACUUACACUUGAAGGCCCCCAAGGUCUCUAUGCCUGAUGUUGAUUUAAACUUAAAGGGACCUAAAAUCAAAGGAGACAUAGAUGUUUCUCCUCCAAAGCUAGAGGGAGAAUUAAAGGGUCCUGCAUUGGAUAUCAAAGGCCCCAAAUUGGAUGCUGAUAUGCCAGAUGUAGCUGUGGAAGGCCUAGAUGGGAAAUGGAAAAGUCCGAAGUUUAAGAUGCCAGACAUGCACUUUAAAACUCCCAAAAUUUCCAUGCCAGACAUCGAUCUACACUUGAAGAGUCCCAAGAUGAAGGGUGAGAUGGAUAUAGAUGUUCCCAAGUUAGAAGGAGAGCUCAAAGGGCCACACGUGGACAUUAGUGGUCAAGAUACUGACAUUGAAGGACCAGAGGGCAAAUUGAAACAUUCUAAGUUGAAGAUGCCUGAAAUGCAUCUCAGAGCCCCUAAUAUUUCUAUCCCUGAUGUUGGCCUACAAUUGAAAGGAUCCAGUAUCAAGGCUGAUGCAGAUGUGUCUGGACCUGAAGUAGAAGGUAAAAUUGAAAUACCAGAUGUAGACUUAAAGGGCCCCAAAAUAGAUGUAAAUAUUCCAAAUGUCCAUGGAACAGACUGGCACCUGAAGAUGCCUAAGGUGAAAAUGCCGAAGUUCAGCAUGCCCAGUUUCAAAGCAGAGGGCCCUGAGGUGGAUGUGAACUUACCCAAGGCCGACAUUGACAUCUCAGCACCCAAGGUGGACAUUGAAGGCCCUGAUGUUAGCAUUGAAGGACCAGAAGGAAAGCUAAAAGGUCUGAAGUUCAAAAUGCCUGAGAUGAACAUCAGUGCUCCCAAGAUCUCCAUGCCAGAUUUGGAUCUUAAUCUUAAAGAACCUAAAAUGAAAGGAAAUAUAGAUGUCUCAUUUGCAAAUGUGGAGGCUGAUUUGGAGGGGCCGACACUUGACUUAAAGGGCCCAAAGUUAGAUGUCGACGUUCCAGAUGUUGACAUUAGUAGCCCAGAGGGCAAAUUAAAAGGACCAAAAUUGAAGAUACCUGACAUGCACAUCAACAUGCCCAAGAUCUCUAUGCCAGAUAUUGACUUGAAUUUGAAGAGCUCAUCAGUGAAGGAUGAUGUUGCUAUAUCUGGUCCCAAAUUGGAGGGUGACAUCAAAACUCCUAAGUUGGAUGUGAAGGCUCCAGAUCUGGACGUUUCUGGGCCUAAAAUCAAUAUGGAAGGCAAGUCAAAGAAAUCUCGUUUUAAGCUUCCCAAAUUUAAUUUUUCUGGCUCAAAAGUUCAGGCACCUGACGUAGAUGUCAAAGUUAAAAAGCCAGAUGUUGAUGUAUCUUGUCCAAAAUUUGAUAUUAAUGCUCCUGAUGUUGAAGUCCAAGGAAAAGUGAAAGGAUCCAAGUUCAAAAUGCCUUUCCUGAGCAUUUCAUCACCGAAAGUGUCUAUGCCUGACGUAGAGCUAAAUUUGAAAGGUCCUAAAGUCAAAGGGGACUUAGAGGUUGCGGGCCCUACAUUGGAAGGAGAGAUUAAAGUUCCAAAUGUGGAUAUACACACACCGCAAGUCCAUCUGAAUGCACCUGAUACAGAUGCCCACAGUCCUGAGUGGCACCUCAAAAUGCCCAAAAUGAAAAUGCCCAAGUUUAGCGUGUCUGGCCUCAAAGCAGAUGGGCCUGAUGUGGCUAUGGAUAUGCCAACAGAAGAUAUCAACAUAGGAGGUCUUGGUCUGAAUAUUGAGGGCCCAGAUGUCAAUGUGGAGGGACCAGAGGGAAGUUUAAAAGGACCCAAAUUCAAAAUGCCUGAGAUAAACAUCAAAGCUCCCAAGAUCUCCAUGCCUGAUGUCAACUUAAAUCUGAAAGGCACAAAGGUGAAAGGUGAUGUGGACGUUUCUCUUCCCAAAAUAGCAGGAGAUCUGCAGGGGCCUGAAGCUGACAUUAAAGGCCCCAAAAUGGACAUGAAUGUUCCAGACAUGGAUAUUCAGGUUCCUGACUGGCACCUGAAGAUGCCAAAGGUGAAAAUGCCCAAGUUCAGCGUGCCUGGCUUGAAAGCAGAGGGCCCUGAGGUGGAUGUGAACCUGCCCAAGGCCGACAUUGACAUCUCAACACCCAAGGUGGACAUUGAAGGCCUUGAUGUUAACAUUGACGGACCAGAAGGAAAGCUAAAAGGUCCGAAGUUGAAGAUGCCUGAGAUGAACAUCAGUGCUCCCAAGAUCUCCAUGCCUGAUGUGGACUUUCACCUGAAAGGGCCCAAAGUCAAGGGGGACAUGAAUGCCACCGUGCCCAAAGUGGAAGGUGACCUCCAGGGCCCAGAAUUUGAUAUCAGGGGUCCUGGUAUGAGCAUUGAUGCUCCUGAUGUCAGUAUUGAAGGUGGAGAAGGAACAUUAAAAGGGCCCAAAUUUAAAAUGCCAGCAAUGCACAUCAAAGCCCCCAAGAUUUCCAUGCCGGACUAUGAUUUAAAUCUCAAAGGACCAAAAGCAAAGGGAGAUGUUGCUUUUUCACUACCUAAAGUGGAAGGUGAUCUGAAGGGGCCACAGGUGGACAUUGAAGGACCUGAAGGCAAACUGAAAGCUCCUAGAUUUAAGAUGCCUGAUGUCCAUUUCAAAACCCCACAGAUCUCUAUGAAUGACAUUGACUUGAACUUGAAAGGACCUAAGCUAAAGGGAGAUGUGGGUGUUUGUGUUCCUAAACUAGAAGGAGAUCUGGAAAGCCCUCAGGUAGAGAUGGACAUUCAGGGUCCAGAAGGAAAACUGAAGGGCCCGAAGUUGAAGGUACCUGACUUGCACCUCAAGGCCCCCAAGAUCUCCAUGCCUGAGGUUGACCUGAAUCUGAAGGGUCCAGCAUUGAAGGGUGAUGUGGACAUAUCUCUGCCAAAAGUGGAAGGUGACCUCAAGGGCCCUGAAGUUGACAUCAAAGGUCCCAGAGUGGACCUUGAUGUUCCAGAUGUGGAUGGGAAAGGCCCAGACUGGCACUUGAAGAUGCCAAAGGUGAAAAUGCCCAAGUUCAGCAUGCCCGGCUUCAAAGCAGAGGGCCCAGAGGUGGAUGUGAACCUGCCCAAGGCCGACAUUGAUGUCUCGACGCCCAAGGUGGACAUUGAUGUUCCUGAUGUGAAUAUAGAAGGUCCAGAUGCAAAAGUGAAGGGCCCCAAGUUCAAGAUGCCUGAGAUGAACAUCAAGGCCCCCAAGGUCUCCAUGCCUGAUAUUGACCUAAGUUUGAAAGGACCUAAAGUGAAAGGAGAUUUUGAUGUGUCUGUCCCUAAGGUUGAAGGUGCUCUCCAAUGCCCUGAAGUUCAACUUACGGGACCAAGUCUCGAUUUUGAAGGACCUGCUGCCAAACUCAGUGGCCCUAACUUGAAGAUGCCGUCACUGGACAUAGCUGCUCCUAAAGUAACUGUUCCCGAUGUGGAUUUGCACCUGAAGAUGCCCAAAAUUGGAGUUUCUGGUCCCAAGUUAGAAGGUGGUGAAGUAGACCUUAUGGGGCCUACGGUCGACUUGGAAGCUCCAAGUGUAGAUGUGCAUGUGGUUAGCCCAGAUGUUAACAUUGAAGGGCCAGAUGUGAAAAUUCCUAAGUUUAAGAAACCAAGAUUUGGAUUUGGAGGAAAAGGCCCUAAAGCGGACAUCAAGGACAUCAAGCCGCCAGCACUUGAUGUGACCCUGCCGGAGGCAGAGCUGAGUGUGGAGGCUCCUGAGGUUGAUGUUGGUGGCAAGGGCAAGAAAAGCAAGUUCAAGAUGCCCAAGCUUCACAUGAGCGGUCCUAAGGUGAAGGCCAAGAAGCAGGGCUUCGAUGUGAAUGCUGCCGGGGGUGAAUUUGACACCAGUCCCAAGGCCCCAGAUGUGGAUGUCAGUGUUGCUGGUCCAGAUGCUGCACUUAAAGUUGACGUGAAAUCUCCCAGAACAAAGAAGACUAUGUUUGGGAGGAUGUACUUUCCAGAUGUAGAGUUUGACAUUAAGUCGCCUAAAGUUAAAGCUGAGGCCCAGCUUCCCAGCCCCAAGAUGGAGGGUGCAAUCCAGGUACCAGAUCUGGACCUCUCUUCACCGGGGAUGUACGUGGAGGGUCCAGAGGUUAAGGUGAAGGCCCCCAAGUUCAAGAUGCCGGGUGUGGACAUCUCAGGGCCAAAGAUAGAAGGGGACUUGAAAGGCUCCCAGGUGCAGGCCAAGUUUGGUACACCUGACAUCACCAUCGAAAGCUCAGAUGCCAAAGUCAAAGCACCUUCUUUCGGCAUUUCUACCCCACAGGCCUCCAUGCCUGAUAUGAAUGCUGACUUGAAAGGACCAAAGAUAAAGGGGGAUGUCCCCAGUGUGGGACUCCAAGGACCAGGCAUAGAUCUGCAAGGUCCAGAGGCAAAAAUCAAGUUUCCUAAGCUUUCAGUGCCCAAGGUCAGCAUCCCUGGUGUCACCAUGGAGGCUGAGGCGGGGGGCCAGCUGCCCUCUCUCGAGGGAGGCCCAAAUGCUCUUGAUGUCAGACUGCAAGGGCCCGGGGCUGUGCUAACAGGGCCAGGUAUGGGCCUGCCUGCCUCGAACCUCUCUAUGCCUGAUGUCUCUGGGCCCAACCUUGAUCUCAAUGUGAAAGGACCAAGUCUGAAGGGAGAGCUGGAUGCUUCUACUCCCAGCCUGAAGGUGCAUGGCCCCGGCCUUGCCCUUGGAGGCGGUGGUGUCAAAGUGCCAGGCAUCGAGGUUGGGGUCCCGGAUGUGACACUGAGGGGACCAAACCUGCAGAGAGACCUGGCUGCCUCAGGUGAUGUGAAGUGUCCUAAGAGCUCUAUGAGCUCUGGGGACCUGAGCUUGGAGGCACCACAAAUGGGAUUUAAGCUUCCCCAGAUGGAACUCUCCCAGUUGGGCAUCUCUACACCAGGGUCCAGUGGGGGUGUUAGCAUCAAGGGAGCACAAGGCGUGGGCGAGCUCAAGGGGCAGGGUGUGGGUGUGAGCCUGAAAGGGCCUCAGCUCUGUGCACCUGAUACGGACUUCAACCUUCAGGGACCAAAAGUGACAGGGAGCCUUGGGGCCACCAGAGAGGUGCAAGGGGCUCCUGCAGGAGUCAGCGUUCAAGGCCUAGAAGGAGACCUGCAGCUUCCUGGUGUGACAGUGAUGCCCAGCGUCACAGGCAGCCUGCAGGGCCCUGAGGCUCAUCUGCAUGGGGCCGUCCCCGAGGCCAGCGUCACGGGGCCCUCCUACAGCAUAGUCUCCCCAGAGGCAGAUGGCAGCGUCAGCUUAAAGGGCCUGAAAGUCAAAGGUGGCGUGGAGGUGUCAGGGGGCAUUGGCCACCCUGUGCUCAGCCUGGGCGAGGGGCAGCUCAGUGUCCAAGGCUCCGGGGCCGAGUGGAAGGGACCGCAGGUGUCCUCAGCUCUCAGCGCAGGCCUGCACUUGUCAGGACCAAAGUUAGAAGGUGGUGUGAAGGGGGGCGAGCUCGGACUGGCUGUGUCGGGGGCUCAGGGCCGCAUUCAGAGCGGGGCAGGAAGAGUCACAUUCCCCAAGAUGAAGAUCCCCAAGUUUACCUUCUCUGGCCGUGAACUUGUAGGCCGAGAGGUGGGUGUGGAUGUCGCCUUUCCCGAGGCAGACAUGACAGGGCAGGCUGGUGCCACAGAAGGAGAGUGGGAGGACUCUGAGGUAAAGCUAAAGAAGUCGAAGAUCAAGAUGCCAAAGUUCCCCUUCUCCAAACCCAAGGGCAAGAGCAGUGUCACAGGCUCGCCGGAGGUAUCCAUUGCUGGGUCCAAAGGUGACCUAAAGAGCUCCAAGGCCAGCCUGGGGUCCCUGGAGGGAGAAGUGGAGAUGGAGACGCCCUCCAAAGGCAAGUUCUCUCUGUUUAAGAGCAAGAAGCCGAGGCACCGCUCAAGCUCCUUCAGUGACGACAGGGAGCUCUCUGUGCCUUCCACCCCGACAGGGACUCUGGAGUUUGGGGGUGGUGAGCUGUCUGUGGAGGAAGGGAGGGUGAGAGGCAAGCAUGGCAAGCUCAAAUUUGGUACCUUUGGUGGGCUGGGGUCAAAGAGCAAAGGCCACUAUGAAGUGACGGGGAGUGAUGAGGAAGUGGGCAAGUUGCAGGGCAGUGGUGCACCCCUGGCCUCCAAGUGCCGACUGUCGUCGUCCUCCAGCAAUGACAGUGGGACGAGGGUGAGCGUCCAGCCUGCAGACGCAGAGCUGGCGGUGUCCACCAGGAAGGAGUAGCCGCCGUGGCCGUGCACGCCUCUGCAGACCCAUCCUCGGAGUGCAGCACGGGUGCAAGCUGGCGGACACCUGCAGCCUCGGCAGCGCAGAGCCGUCCUCUCCUGGCGGUGGCCUGGCGCAGUGGCUGCUGCCUGGGCUCCUGGACAACACUCUUCGUGGAGUUUGGUGCGCUGGCCCUGGGAAGAGCCAACAGUAUUUGCCUUAAGAUUUCAGUUUUGUUUUUUUUUUUUUUUGCAUUGAAUGCUGAGAGCUCCUGUUUACUAAGCAAGCUUUUGUUUAUUAUCCUCAUUUGUACCAAACAUUGUUAGUAUUGGGGAAAUGGACGCCCACUUUUUUCAUUGUGAUGACUUUCGGGGCUUUUGUUGGUGAGGGUUGGGCGGGGGAAGUGGUGGAGGCUGAGUGGCUGCUCUCCUGUCCUGGGCUGGAGCUGAUGCCAAUUGCCGUACCCAGUGUGGCCCCAACAGCCGUGGCUGCUGGAAGUGAGCUCUGCGCAGAUGCCCUCCCAUGCAAGUGGCAGUCCUGGCUGUCAUGUCAGGAGGGAGGGAACUGGGUAGGAUCUGUGUGCAGGUUACUCCCCGGCCAGCUGGACACAAGGGACUUCCAUCCUGUGUUUUGUAAGAGAAAUGUUCCACUCGUGACUAGCGUGCUCCUGAUGGUAGUUCUGCUAUCUUUUAACAAAUGUUAUGAUUAAGAAAAUUUCUGGCACUUUAAUGGCAAAAUUAAGAAUGUAAGGAAGUGGACGCUGUACAAGAUAAAUAAAGCUGUUUAUUAACCCUCAUG